AGAAGAGGUUUCAAGGCUUGAGAUACAAAUCCGAAUAAGCGAACACCCUCGUCUUGUAUCGUCCUUUUAGCUUGUUCAUCUACCAAUCAUGUCCGGAUUCGAAGUAGCCGGAGUUGCGAUCGGUAUUGCACCAAUCGUGUUCAAGGCGGUGGCAGAGAGCAUGAGAAUACUAGAAGACACGAUUCGCUUCGAUGAUGAUGCCGAAGACCUGGUAAUCCGGAUUGAAACAGCCAAGGCGCAUCUGAGCAUCUGGGCUACACGUGUUGGACUCGUCGAAGGCGAGCUUGUGCCAGCUUUGCAUCCGUUGAGCGAUCUCAUCGUGAGAACGCUAAAGCGCAUCGACUUACUCAUGACCAAUCUCGAACAGCAGGGGGACACAUACGGCUUGGAACUCAGAGACGCUACUGACCCGGAAUCCAAAAAGACGAGCGCGAUGGCUAUGCAGAUGAGGCGGAGCUUGCACCGCGUGUUGAGAAAGUCAGAUCCAAAAACAAACCUAGAGACUUUGAUCCAAGCCGAGCAGUUGAAAGAAUCUGCAACCAGUAAGAAACAAAUCGGAGUUACAAGUCGUCUGUUUUGGGCUGUCCGAAAUAAAGAGAAGUUUGAGGAAUUCGUCAACACCCUUGAAACACAUGUCAGUGGACUGCACAAGCUGGUGUUCGAGGAGCAGCGGAAAGAGGUCCAACGCGAAGAAACUCGUUUCAAUCUUCAUAUGGUCCAAGAGAUCUCUGAUAUAAAGAGGCUGACACUGCUCCAAAACUCCUCGUCGAAUGGGAGAAGCUUUCCAGAGGUGGACGUUGCGCAUCUCGCACAAUGCAAGGCAAUAACGCUGCAAGGAGUACUAUCCUUGCCAAGAAAGCCCAAAACUGAUGAUUGGCGUCUUGUUGACACCAGUCUUGCAGACCUGGCCAAGAUUCGUUUCCUUAAACCUGGACAUGACGAUCCUGAGGUUGCAUACCUGUACGAGAAGAAAGAAUACGAUCCAAACAUCUCGGAAGAAGACAAAGAUGUCCUACAAGAGCGCAUCCGCAAACUGGUCUCCCUUCUGGGCAAACCUGGCAGCCAACGCCAUCUCCAAACUUUGCAAGCAGUUGGAUACACGGAUGAUCCAGAUCGUCACUGCUGGUGGAUCAUCUUUCGGUUUCCGCUAAGUCCACUGGAUACAUUGGGACCCGCCGCAAGCGAGCCACUUUCUUUGCGCAAGCUCUUCGAUUCUCCGUUCAAACCCGCGCUUGAGACACGAUAUAGGCUCGCCAGACGUAUAGCGUAUACUUUUGCUAAGCUUUAUGGCAGUGACUGGAUGCACAAAGGCAUCAACAGUAAUAAUAUCGUCUUUCCGCAAGUCUACUCCACCAAGACUGUAGCUGGAUUUCGGCAAAUUGAAACCGCCUUGGUCCAGGGCUUCGGUUACUCCCGUCAGCAUACUGAGGCUCAAACCAUUGACCGUGGAAAGGUUCUACAUGACCUAGAAGCAGCCAUAUAUCGACAUCCGCUAUAUCAAGGCGAGGCAGCCUCUGGGUAUCAGAUCCACUACGACAUUUACUCUUUGGGCUUGGUGCUCUUCGAAAUUGCCCUGUGGUCACCCCUCAUGGCGUUGCUGGCCGCAAGGUAUAAGCCUGAGAAACCACCACCGGUUGCUUUGUCGCCAGACAUGAAGCAGUUCUAUGAGUUCGAGGCAAAGGAGCUUCACAGAAGGGUCAAUCUACGCAUUGACGCCGAGGUUGCGUAUCGAAUGGGUACGAAGUACAAGAACGCAGUUCAUUGGUGCUUGAACCUGAAAGGGCCAGUCACCGCAAUCGACUUCUACAACACAGUCGCUAUUCCGCUAGAGGAUCUUUGCAGCUUGACUUAGUUGGUAAUCGUCGUAACAGCCAGACCAUAAGCGACACGCUCCACUUGGUGGUGGUAGUGGGGCACUUGGCUACGAAGCAGUUCUGGGGUGUCUAGAAUUGUCGGCCUUCGCCCAGGUGCAGCUAAUGUCCCAGUUUCGCAAGGCGGGGAUUCCGAGGUCUAGAACUUGACGUGAACAGGAAGGCCGCGGAGAGGCAAUUUGUGGAGAAUGUUGGGCUUCGAAGGAUUCUUUAGCCUCGGAAUACAAGGCUCCCGCAUGGACAACCGGCGGCGCUAGUACUAUCUCAAUGUCGAUACACCCAAUCGGCUGAAGAUCAACAUGCAAGAUCGCAUUUCGUUUUCCACUCUCGUCGAGCUACUUUGUUUGAC